AUGGUCAUUGUAUGGGCUUCAGAAGGAAAUAAUCACUCUGACCCUGUGAAUGAAUUCAUUCUCCUUGGAUUCCCUUGUACCUGGGAGGUUCAGAUCUUCCUCUUCUCAUUCUUCUCUGUGAUCUAUGUGUUGACACUAAUUGGAAAUUUGUGCAUUAUCUGUGCAGUGUGGUGGGACCACCAUCUCCACAGCCCCAUGUACAUCCUGCUGGCCAAUUUUUCCUUCCUGGAGAUGUGGUAUGUCACUUCUACUGUCCCCAAUAUGCUAGCCAACUUUCUCUCUGAGACCAAGACCAUCUCCUUCUCUGGCUGCUUCCUCCAGUUCUACUUCUUCUUCUCCAUGGGCACCACUGAGACCUUCAUAUUGUCUGCCAUGGCCUUUGACAGGUAUCUUGCCAUCUGCAGGCCCCUUCACUACCCCACUGUCAUGACAGUGCAACGCUGCAUCAGAAUAGGAGCCUGCUGCUGGGUGUGUGGCUUUUCCUGUUUUCUCCUCCCAGUUUAUCUCAUCUCCCAGCUUCCUUUUUGUGGCCCCAAUACUAUUGAUCACUUCCUAUGUGACCCAGGACCACUUAUGAAGUUGUCUUGCGUGCCAGCUCCUGCCAUUGAGAUUAUCUGUGCCACCUUUAAUUCAGUCCUAAUUUUUUCCACUUUCCUGUUCAUUACCAGCUCCUACACCCUGGUGAUCAGAGCUGUGCUUAGGGUCCCCUCAGCAGAAGGCCGGCAUAAGGCUUUCUCUACAUGUGGUUCCCAUCUGGCUGUCGUGUCUCUGUUCUAUGGCUCCAUCAUGGUGAUGUAUGUGAGCCCAACGGCAGGCAAUCCAGCAGGAAUUCAGAAAAUUGUGACCUUAUUUUAUUCUGUGAUGACCCCACUUUUCAAUCCCUUGAUCUACAGCCUCCGGAAUAAGGAAAUGAAGGAGGCCCUGAGAAAACUAUUUAGGAGCGUGAUAUUUGGUCAAAGAAAGCCUCUCAAGAACUAG